AUGGGUACUGGUAAAAAGGAGAAACAGAGAAGAGUCCGUCAGAAUGACACCAGAGAUGGGAAUUUGCGUGUGAAAGGUGAAAAUUUUUACAGAGAUGCCAAAAAGGUUCAGUUCCUGAACAUGUACAAGGGUAGCAAAUCCCAGAGAAACAAGAAGGGUGAAAUUGUUAAGAGCGCUGAUUUGCAAGAUAAAACUAUUCCUGAUGCUCGUGUGCAACCUGAUCGUCGUUGGUUCAAUAGUACAAGAGUUAUCUCGCAAGAUGCAUUACAACAUUUUAGGGAUGCAUUGGGUGAAACUCAAAAGGAUUCAUACCAGGUCCUACUGAAAAGAAACAAAUUGCCCAUGUCACUCUUGGAAGAAAAAGAUAGAACUGAAUCACCAACAGCAAACAUCUUGGAAACUGAAAGUUAUUCCCAAGCUUUUGGACCUAAUGCCCAGAGGAAAAAACCACGUAUUGCAGCAUCUAGUUUAGAGGAAGUCGCUCAAAUGACACAGAAGGACAAUGAAGCAUAUGAGGAGAAGCAAGAAUUGAAUUCAACUUUGGGAUUGAUGGGGAAUCAAGAAGAUGAAGAAAAUGGAUGGACGAAUCUUGCUAAAGAGUCAGUUUUCUCCAAGGGACAGUCUAAGCGUAUAUGGAACGAAUUAUACAAGGUUAUUGAUUCAUCGGAUGUGGUAAUACACGUUUUAGAUGCAAGAGACCCAUUGGGUACUCGUUGUAAAUCGGUGGAAGACUACAUGUCAAAAGAAACACCACAUAAGCAUUUAAUGUACGUGCUGAAUAAAUGUGAUUUAGUACCAACUUGGGUGGCACUUUUACGUCAAUUUUCUCAAUUGCACAUGGAUAGAAAGCAGAUAUCAGUCGGAUUUAUUGGUUAUCCAAAUACCGGUAAAUCUUCUAUUAUCAACACAUUGAGGAAAAAGAAAGUUUGUCAAGUUGCCCCAAUUCCAGGUGAGACCAAGGUUUGGCAAUAUAUUACUUUAAUGAAGAGAAUCUUUUUGAUAGAUUGUCCAGGUAUUGUACCACCAUCUAGUACAGAUAAUGAGCAAGAUAUUUUGCUAAGAGGUGUCGUAAGAGUAGAAAACGUUUCCAACGCAGAACAAUACAUUCCAGCUGUAUUGGAACGUUGUCAAGUAAAACAUGUGGAGAGAACUUAUGAAAUAUCGGGAUGGAAGGAUGCUACUGAUUUCUUACAAAUGCUUGCUAGAAAGCAGGGUAGAUUACUCAAAGGUGGUGAACCUGACGAAUCCAGUGUUGCUAAGCACGUUGUCCGUGAUUUCAACAGAGGUAAAAUACCGUGGUUCGUACUACCCCCAGAAAAGGAAGAAGAAGAGAAGGCCAAAGAGGAGGAUAAGAACUCCAAGAAAAGAUCUCAACAGGAUGAAGAAGUGGUUAACGCUAAAAAGUCAAAAACAAAUUAG